AUGGACUGUCGCUAUAGAAGUGUCUCCACCCUCUUGAGGAAGUACCUGGUGCUGAUGGGCUGUAUCAUGCUGCUGAUGCCGGUCUCUGUCUCCGUCUACUUCGGAAACUUCCUCACCUACCUGGCGUCCUACUACCACGCCCACAUGUCACGUGUCCACGUGUGGGUGGAUCCACUGUGGCUGUCCUCCGCCUUUAAAAUCCUCCAACCUAUUGGGAUGAUCCUGGGUGGGUUCAUUGAGACCAGGACGUCUUUGAAGACGGGGAUCUUGGUUGGGGCGCUGAUACAAAGUGCGUCUGUGAUCCUCAGCUACUGGGCGGUGCAGGAGCCGCUGGCACUACUUUUGUGUUUCGGGAUAGCUCAAGGAGUGGCUGGUGGGAUUCUUUUGGCUUUACCCUACAAGCUGGCCGCUGAGACUUUUCCAAAAGAAAGAGGUUUCGCAUUCGGGAUCUUAUCAACCGGGCCUAGUAUCUUCCCCCUCCUACACAUGCUCCUUUCGUACUACCUUAUCAACCCAUCCAACAUCGCCACAGACAUCCAGAUCAACAAUAUCCGGUAUUUCACUUACCCGGAAGUCACCGAGAGAGUUCCGCCAUUUUUUCUAAAAAUAGGACUUUUCACAUUCGCUCUACAGCUGGUAGGGUUUAUAUUGAUACAGUGUAGGCCGAGAGAGUUGAACCUGCCAGACGAUGGGCAAACGGAGGAGUUAAAAGAAAAAGAAAUAAUUGAAGUAGGCGAGGUAAGGUUAAUUGACGAAAAAUCAAAAGCGAUUUCUGAGAUCGUGGUGAAAGAUUUGACAACUCGAGAGAUGCUGUGCACUUUGACCUUUUGGAAAGUCUGGACCAUCUUCGCACUGAUGGGACACACAUUCUUCAUCCACCUCAACCUCUACAAACAGUUCGGUCUGACCGUCAUCAACAACGACAACACCCUUGUCAUGGCGGGCACCAUCAGCACCUUCGUCCUGAUGGUGUUCCGUCCUCUUGUCGGCUUCAUGUCCGACAAAUACGGCCUGAAGCCUGUCCUGGUCACCACCUGCGCAUGCUCCAACUUUUUCAUGACCAUGAUGCCCAUAUCACUCUACACAUUCCCACCUUUGUACAUCGUCUUCGUGGCUUUGGAGUUAUACGCAACAUCGUCCGUCAAAGUGUUUUACUAUAUGACACCUAUGGCGUUAUUCGGGGAAAAACAUUUCGCGUCCAACGUCGGUUUUAUGUCUGCGUCACAGUGGGUCGUCUACUUCCUCGGCCCCAUCGUUGUCCCACCCCUCAUCAAAAGCAUCGGCUGGACCAACGUGUUUCUGACGGGCUCUGUGGCCGCCGCACUGGCGUUUUUCUUAAGUCUAACGGUACCAGAUCUCGAGGUCAAGAAGAAAAAAUAG